UUUGAACGGGAUUUCCGAUGCCAAAUUCCGGCCAGUCGACAUCGAUCCCGGGGAUCUUCCCAACACCGCCCAUUACGUGUGGUGUGGCAGUAAGCUCUUCCUGUACGAGAACUACUUAAGCGUCUUGUCCAUUGUUCGAGUUUACAGGCCCAUGAAGAUUGUGUUUCACUUCAAUCAACUUCCGACGGUGAUAAACCUUUACAAUUCGUGGUUCCAAGAAUUGAGGCAAUCGCUGCCAUAUUUGGUCUUACGACAGACGAGUUCCGUGCUCAGGUGCAAUUCUUCAGAUUCGCUAAACUUCGGGUUGGAACAGUUGGCCUCGAGUAUAGGUGGCGGUAUUUAUUUUGGGGAAAGGGCGAUUCUGACCUAUGUUCCCAGGAAAUGGAAACAGGAGAAUUUUUUGACCUACUUAACUCAUGGAACAAACUCGAGUGAUGAAGUGAUUAUAUUCGCUAGAUAUGGACUAGUCGACCAUAAGGUCACACUUGAACAGUUCAAAGAAAAUGUAUUUAACGUGUCGUAUGAAUGUUUAUCAGUGGAUAAGUUUAAUGAGGUAAUGACGCAAUUGAUACUCUUAAAACCAAAUGAAAUCAGUGACAAUUUAUCGCCAUGUCUGAUCGCACCGAAGCAACUCUACCCAGAGAAGAUCAUCAACAACACGACUCCUUUUGGGGGAGUGGCCAGGAAUCUGCAUUACGGCACUUCAGAAUUAAUGGCCGCCCAACCUGGCAAGGUGCGACUAAUUCUUUAUUUUUUUAAUGAAGUAAUGGUUUACUCAGAGCGAUCAGUGAUCCAUUUGGUUAGUGUUUGUGGCACUGUUGGGCUGGGGAGGUUGUCAAAUGACGAAGUGAUAGUUUAGCCCCAUUUGAAAUAUUUCUAGAUCAGAAGAUAAUCAUAUGAUGUAUGUGUAUGGGCCAACUUAAUGUUAUGUCAGGCCAACACCCAUUGUCAAAUUCAUCGCAUAAUGAUUGAAUUUCUUAUUUUCAUAGAAUGUGCAUUUGUUUUCCUUUCUGUUAAAAAUGCCUUUGUGAUACGAAAUAAUCGUGUUUUGUUUAAAUUCGUGAAUUCACGUCAUUGUGUCCGGGAGAAUCAUUGCACGUGGCACUGGAACCUGUGGGGCUUUGACUCAGUGUUUAUCUUAGAUAUUUUAAUCAAGGGAUGGGAAGAACAUCAGAUUUGCGGGGAGGGGAGCACAUUAGGUUUGGGGGAGAGGGCACAUUAGAUUUCCGGUUGGGCCAUGCUUGGGGCGCAGUUAUUAGGGGGCAGACAGGAAAGAUGUAACUAGGCGCAAGACUAUCGGAAGAACAAAUGAAUGUCUAGAUGGGAUUGAAUGGAUGAGAAAGGUUAUAUAAUUUAGAGGGAUGGGGCUACAAUUACUCUAGCUAUGCUUCUGCCAGUGGCGUAGAAAAGGAGGGGGAAUGGGUGGUCCGUAAUGGGGUCAUUUUUUUUCUUUUUUAUGGAUUGUUGGCAUUUUUGGACAACAGCAGAUUUUUUUUUCGUUCAAGCGAGUGUGGCAACAUUUUGUUAUAACAACCCAUGGCGGCACUAAUGCUAGCUAGGCAGCAAAGCAAUGUAUCGAUCGGCAAAAAUAUUGCGAUUAUUUUUAUCAGGAAAUAAGGCAGAAAUUAAGGGUGCCCACGGCCCUUGAGCUGAGAAGGUUUCUGUAAAAGCGCACCCAUAAAAAUUCGGAUCAUUUGAACAAAAACAAGAGGUUCAUUUUGGAGUAUACCUGAAUUCAUUUCUUCUCUUAACUAACAUCUUAUAUUGUGGUGGAGGUUUGAACCUACACUCUUAAAACCCCGGCUAGUGCUUUGUUUCUAUCAGAAUUUUCCACCGGGUCAUAGAAUUAUCUAAAAUAAGAACUAAGGACAUCUCUAGUAUUGCCCCAGCCCAAUGUUUGCGUCUUUGAAGGUAUUCUUUGUCCUUGCUUAUUCUAAAAUUUGGAAUCUUUUUAAUCCACGGAAAAUUUUUGAUAAAUUCAAAAUGAAAAAAAAAAAAUUCACGAGCACGUACAAAAAGUUAGUUUUGCAUUUUUCAGUUAAGAACAUAUGAGGUGUUUACCAAACACAACAUAUAUUUAUUUAUUUGUGAAUGUAUAUGUGGGAACUUGGAUACAAAUACAAAGUGUACAUUUUUAAUAUUCAGUGGAUUGAAAAGUUUAUUUUGAAUUUCAAACUACAAUAACCUUCUUUCGAUAAAUUACAAAUUGCAACUUUUGAUAUACAACAAGAUAUUUUUAUUUACCAAGUCCACGGAUUUUAAUUUUUUAAUUGACGAUUUAUGAAAAAUAUUUUUCUCUAAAAAUAGUAAAAACGUGUUUUUGAUAAUCAAUUCCUAGUUCACAUAGGAACAAAAUAUUUUUUUAAAAAAGUGGUUAAAUUUAGCGAUGCAUUCGAUUAUCACCUUUUUUUUUUGUAUUGAAAUGGUUUUCUAUCUAUAGUCUAGUAGGUUUCACCAGCACUAAGUUUGAUGAAAACCAUUGCACUACCAACAUUUCUUUGCUUAAAUCACCAUUAGUGAUAAAGCACGUAAAGUACACAAAUAAAUUUAAAAAAAAAUACAAUUAAAUGAUCAUAUAAAUCAACAGUCUUCCGCCUCUAUCCGCAAGCUUUAAAAAAAAAAAGUUGAUAAUCGAAUGCAUCGCUAAAAUUUAACCACUUUUUUAAAAAUAUAUAUAUUUUUUCCUAUGUGAACUAGGAAUUGAUUAUCAAAAACACGUUUUUACUAGUUCUUUUACUAUAGGGGUUUGUGUUAUGUUUUUUUUUUUACAUGGUGCUUAAUUUCAAUCUUAUUUAAAAGGCUUUAGAAGUUGUUGUCUUCCAAAUCCCGGGCGUCGCCGGGUAUUUUUGGCUAGUAUUCUAUUAAUUUUUAGCCCAACCUCCCAUUCGCAAAUCCUAACAAAUUUUAGUUUCUCAUUUUUAAAAGAAAUAAGUAAAUUAUGUCCUAAAAAACACAAUUAGAAUAAAUUUUUGUAAACAUUUCGUUCCCCGAUAGGAUCCAAGUAUCAGGAGGGAUCUAAAGUCAUACCCGUUUCCCGAUGGGACACCGUUUUCCGAUGUAUCCCAGUAUCAGGAGGCAUCUAAAGUCAUACCCGUUUCUCGAUGGGACACCGUUUCCCGAUGUAUCCCAGUAUCAGGAGGGAUCCUUACCCCUUUUGGAUCCCGAUCCCGUUUGGAUUCAUAACCUGCUUUGGUCACAAUCCGGUGGGAUCCCUAUGUUGUUGGGAAGUCGAUCCCGUCGAUAUUCCGAUCACAGUAUGUUUAAGAUCCCGUCGUUACCCCAAUCCCGGUGGGAUACCGAUCCCAUUCGUAUCCAGAUAUUUCAAACACAAUAUGUUUCCUGUCCCGUUGGUAUCGCGAUCCCAGUGGAAUCCUGAUCCCGGUGGAAUUCUAAUCUCGUUUGAAGCAGGAUCCUUAGGAUUACAAUAUCUGAGGGAUCGUGAUACUUGUAGUUCCCGAUCCCGGGUGGGUCAUAAUCCCUGUGUGACCCCCACAUAUGACCAUGGGAAACAUUGGUUAUACCAUCAAAAAUACCAUUGAGCAUAUCGCCAGGUGUAAUGAAUAAAGAUAACAUUAGACAUAUGUACCAUUGCCUUACUAAAUUAUUUGUACACGUCAGCUACCGCACAAUUUUUAUGUGUGAUAUCAACAUUAUUUUUAAACAUGCAUUUUAGGUCAAGAGAUUUGUUAGAGAAAUAUUUUUUUUUUAAAUUAUAUAUAUGAUACUGUAAGUAAAUGCAACACUUAAACUCUUCGAAAGGUUGUGAAAGAUGGCCAAUUAUUUGAUCUUCUAUAAAUCUCACCUACAUUCUUACGGUGACCUAUGAUUUGAUUAGAUCUUUUAUUCUCACCCACAUUCUGACUGUGAUCUAGGACCCCAAUGACCUGAUCCCUGCCAUCAGCCACCAGAUCUCAUUGAACCCAGAACCUGGCAAACCAGUUGUUUGGACAUUCCAGCAUUACCUGAGUGUCUUGUCUGCAUUGUAUGUUGGAGGUUUCCAUAGGUAAGAACAUGGUAUAUUGGAGGUUUCCAUAGGUGAGAACAUUGUAUGUUGGAGCUUUCUAUAGGUAAGAAAAUUGUAUGUUGGAGGUUUCCAUAGGUAAAAACAUUGUAUGUUGGAGGUUUCCAUAGGUAAGAACAUUGAAUUCAUAGUAUCUUGGAGGUUUCCAUAGGUAAAAACAUUGUAUUUGGAGGUUUCCAUAGGUAAGAACAUUGUAUGUUGGAGGUUUCCAUAGGUAAGAACAUUGCAUGUUGGAGGUUUCUAUAGGUAAGAAUGUAUGUUGGAUUUUUCCAUAGGUAAGAACAUGGUAUGUUGGAGGUUUCCAUAGGUAAGAACAUUGUAUGUUGGAGUUUUCCAUAGGUAAGAACAUCCUAGAAACAUUUAAAAGCUUUGAACAGCUCAUUAUUUUAUGAAUGUGUGUUGUUUUUUUUAAAUAUGAGGCAGCUGUUUGAUUAAAAAUUAAUUUUAUAAUUCCAAAAAAAAUUCAUUGCAUUUGCAUUUAAUUUAUAUCUAUCCUUUGUCCGUUUGUAAUCAUUUGUGCUAUAAUUGUAACUGAGUGAUUUCCUUUGGCAAAUUAAAUCAACAUAAAAAAAAUAUCUUAAGGCAACUUUUGAUGUUUAAAAUUUAAUUAAUAACAUAAAUGGGAUUUAAUAAAAAAAAAUAACAAAUAACAACAACCAAGAAUUGGCGUAGCUAAGGAGAUCUUGUUUGCUGAAUAGAUCAACAAAAUAGUUAAUUCGUUAACGUUCCAUGGAAAGUUUCUUUAGGCAAAUGUUGAUUAUAGCCUCAAAUCAAGAAACCAUUUGCUAAUAUUUUAAUAUAAUCUACUUUUAUCUGCCUGCAUGGACAUGCAUGGUAUCUAUAAGGCUACAACCUGUGUAAAAUAUGCAGCUUGAAAGAAAACGACAGAAACAGGGUAGGGGUCAUGUUUCGUCUGGACGUCAAUGAAUGUGAGCCAUGGGGUGGGUAGUGGCAACCUCAUGAUGAUGAUUUAUAAAAAAACCAUUGAGGGAUCCGUUGCUAGGCAACCGUUUCGUCCCAGCUGCUUCGUCAAGUGUUUUCUAGGUAGAAACCCACUGUAGACAUCCCUAUUGGAGGGCAUCUGACUCGUCCCCGUGAAGGGAUGGGGAAGAUUUUAGGACUUAAAUAGACCAUACCCCUCCUCUGGGGAAGUCGAUAGUUGAGUCUAUGAGCGCAGCAUCAUCGACCGACAGGAUGUCUCUUGGGCUGGAGUGAGAUCCGUUGUUAGCCGAUUGAGUGUGUGAUGUCGGGUGCUGUCCGGGAAAAAUCUCCACCGUGCCGCUUGAAUGCUAAAUACUCGGGUUUUUUUUGUUUUGUUUUUUUUUGGGGGGGGGGUGUUGCUUUCGGGAAGGUAUACAAAACUUGGCACUAGUUUGACGGCAAGGUGACGCAUUUUCGUAAUGUACAAUUUCAAUGUAAUCUACAAACUAUAACAAAUGCUUCGUCUGCACACUAUGAUGCACAUUCUUCAAACAGUAAAACAGCAUUACAAUAUUUAGCCAUAUUCUUCACACUAUGAAAUAAAUUAUUUUAUCCCCCCAUAUUCUAUAAACUAUAUUAUACGUUAAAUUUCAUGAGUUAUAAACUUGGUAUGAUAUUCUUAACAGAGUCUUUGUCCACGGGGACAUUCCACCCACUGGCGUAUGGUGGAACAAGUUGCAAGGAGAAAAUGUCACAUUUGUUUACGUGAGUUCUUGUAACCUUUUUGCACUGAUUUAUAUAAUUUUGUUUUUUACAUUUAAAAGAUAAAGAGUAAAUAUUGCACUCUCGAAUGCCUGGUGUAAAAAAAAAAAGGAGCACACAUUCUUGAACAUUUUUCAAAGCUUCGCAAAUUUGAAAAGUUUUACUUUUAUUGAGAAUAUUAAAUAACGAUAUUAAAUAAUAAUAUUAAAUAAUAAUAAUAAAUAACAUUAUUAAAUAAUAAUAUUAAAUAACAACAUUAUUAAAUAACACUAUUAAAUAACAAUAUUAAAUAUCAAAUCAUUAUGAAUUUUUAAAAAUUCUCCGUCUGUGACCUCAUAAUAUUAAAAAAAAAAAAACGUACAGCCAAUCAAAUCACUUCUGUGAAUUCUUGAGCUUCAUUUUAUAUUGAACUCACUGCGACAUUGACCUAACUGUGAUAUUGAAUUCAAUGCGACAUGGACAUCGCUGUGAUAUUGACCUCACUUUGCCCUUACAAUGACCUCACUGUAAAAUGCUUCCCCCCCCCCUUAACUGUUCUUUAAUAUUCACGUUGACCACAUUAAGGUAAUAUUGUCUCUGUAGAAUAAAUUCAUAUUUUUCUGAUGAACUUUAUACCAGGCGUCACCUAAGAUCGCCCAAUGUCUGUCUCUGUCGUUUAGAUGGACAACAUGGAGACGAUCUACCAGCAGAAAGCUUCGGUGUUAGCUCAUCAGUCGGAUGCCCUGAGGGCUCUCAUACUGUUGAAGUAUGGGGGCGCUUACCAGGUCAGUAUACUCAUCUCAGCUGAAAUGGUUCUCAAACUAUUUUAAUUUGAUCAAACAUCUUAUAUAUGUUAAUUUUUAUACUAGAAAACUAACCAGCUUUGCCUUAGUUUGUAUUCGGAAAAAAACCACAACUAAUAACUUGUGUUAUCAUCGUAAAUGAACAGUUAAUUUUUGAAAGUUUCUUAUUUUAAGUCAGAUUUACAAUAAUGGUGUCAACAUUGAAUUUCGGAAAAAAAUUCUGUUGCAAAUGAUAUUUAACUUGAGUUCAAGUAGAAUUUUAGAUAAAGACCAAUCUAAUUUUCAAAACCUGUCCAUUUUUUUAAAAACAUGUUGUCACCAAUUUCUUAUCUCUGGUCGCUUAUUAUUUAAGAUUACAUUUAAACUGAAUUAUGUGGUCAUUACGUUAUCACUAAGAUAAGGGCAGCAUAAAACUCAUUCAGAUAAAUAUUCAAUUUAUUUCUUUAAUUUAAACUGUAAAAAUUGGGACCCCUGGAGCCAAAAGAAUUUAAUCUUUAUGUUUUAUAGUAGUGAGAAUUUUGUGUUGCGUAACUAACAAACUUUAUUUUAAAAAGAAUAAAUUCCCAUUAAAUUAUGUUGAAACCGCCAAAGAUUAAGCGAUUUAUUUAAAAUUAAUUUGCUACCCCCCCCCCCUCCUCAUUUCGAUUUCCCUUUCACAAAAGAUGUGGAAAUUAUUAGUUUGACAUCCACGGACAUUUUAAAAGGAACUUACAUUGAAAAUAAUUUAUAUAAAAACGUCCAAUGCAACAAGAAGCCUUGUUUGUAGGAUAAGGCUGUGUGUUAUUCUGCUUUACCUGUAUUGAUGAGAUGUGCAGUUUGCGGGUAUAUUUAUUAUAGAUGAAGGUUACGUUAAUCAUGGAAAAGUACGUGUGUUUUUAAUUCUGUUUAUAACCAGGUGGUAAGGGCGUGAAAAGUGUCUGGUGAAUUAAACCAUUCAAACAAACUGGGAGUUUGACAUUCUGCUCUCAAAGAAAGAACUUUAAUCGACAAGCAUAUAUCCAGAUUAAAAAAUACACAAAUGAGCCAGGUCUCAAGUAGAAAUGUGUGCGUUCAGACGGGGCAGGGAGGGAAUGUAUAUGACAAAAACAAGGAAUGAGAUGUAAAGAGAAUACUCGCCUCUGUUUCAGCUCCAAAAAUUAUUGUUUACGAAAAAAUUAUCAUCUUGCAUUAAAUAUUUGUAAAUGUUAAAUUUAUGAAUAUUACUCUUAAUCUAUCAACAUGAUCUAAAAAUGAAAAUUUAAAAAAAUCUAACAUAUCUUACUCUCUAACUCUGUUACAUCGUCUCUCAAAAGCCACCAUAUCAUUAGCUCGUUCACCUUCUAUAAUUCUAUGUGUCCGUAUUUCCUAUGUUGCCAGGACAAAGACGUGUUGUGGGCCAAUCCAGUUUCCGAGCACAUCCGGAGAUACCCGGCGUUGAUGAGUUACGACUGGCCGUGGUACGAGGAGUGGCCCAGGAGUAACAACAUUGGGGUCAUCAUGGCCAAGCCUGGUUCAAUGUUUCUCAGGAAACUGCUCGAUUCUUACUGGUAA